GCCUGGGUCGAGCAUCUACGCCGCUCUCCAUGGGAGCGGCCGGAGCGGAAACGAAGCCGGUGCGGGUGGCCAUCCUGGGGGCCUCCGGCUACACGGGGGCGGAGCUGGUGCGGCUGCUGCUGGGCCACACCGGAGUGGAGAUCACCGUGCUCACUGGGAACACCCAGGCCGGGCAGGAGUUCUCGGCGGUUUACCCCCAGUUCCACUACGCCAAGGACCUGCCGGCGCUAACCCGGCACGAGGAUCACGACUGGAAGGACGUGGACUGCGUCUUCUGCUGCCUGCCUCACGCCACCACGCAGGAGAUCAUCUCGCAGCUGCCGGAACACCUCAAGAUCGUCGACCUCUCGGCAGACUUUAGGCUCAAGGACAUCGAGACUUACGCAGAGUGGUACGGAGGCGAGCACAAGGCCCCCGCCCUGCAGGCCGAGGCUGUGUACGGCCUGACCGAGCUUGCCAGAGACGACGUGCGAGGCGCGCGGCUCGUGGCCAACCCGGGCUGCUACCCGACCGCGGCGCAGCUGCCGCUCAUCGCCCUCCUCAAGGCCGGGCUCAUCCUCAAGGACGACAUCAUCAUCGACGCCAAGUCGGGGACCACCGGGGCCGGCCGCGCUCCGAAGCAGGGCACCCUGUUCUGCGAGGUCUCGGACGGAAUCAACGCUUAUGGAGUGGCCUCCCACCGGCACGCGCCGGAGAUCGAGCAGGGGCUUGGAGAGGCCUGCGGCAGCAAGGACGUCGUCGUUAACUUCACGCCGCACUUGAUGCCCAUGUCCAGAGGGAUCCUUGAGACGAUCUAUGUCAAGCUGGCGGACGGUAGCACGGUGGAAGAAGCCAAGGCCGCGCUCGAAAAGGCGUACGCGGGGGAGCGGUUCGUGACCGUGUUGCCGGGAGCCGCGGUGCCGCACACGCGACACGUACGAGGAAGCAACCACGUGUUCAUGAACAUCGUAGCCGACCGCCUGCCGGGGAGGGCCGUGAUCCUCGUGUCCAUGGACAACCUCGUCAAGGGGGCUAGCGGGCAGGCGAUACAGAACAUGAACGUCAUGUUCGACCUCCCGGAGACACAGGGCGUCGACAUGGCACCGAUGUUCCCAUGAUCGGUUUUGGCUUGUAGAAUCUUGCGUGCGGCACGGCUUGUAGUAUCUGCACACAUCAAGGAUUGUAGUAUCUACGUAAGUCGGACAAACUUGAAAGCCUAGUGGGGCCGAUUGGCGUAGAGGCAUAUCCGGACUUUUCGACGUCGAACAAAACUAGACAUGCUUCAUGGCGCCGAUUCCCCAUGCGUUGUCGACGCGCUUAAAGGCGGGAUGGCGCUGGCAUUCGGGAUGGACGACAGCGGGGUGUAUCCACAGGUGGACUGGGGUGGCUGGCCUUUAGCCGCGGGAUCAAUAGGAUACGACCCAGGAUUCCUAGCAUGCUUCGCAUGAGGCGCUGCACCGUUGGUUGGUUCGAUUUUUCGAUUGUGCUGGAGGCCUUGGAGGCUUGGUGUGGCGCUCUCCCCUCUCAUGGUCAGGGGAGAAGACAGACGGAUUCGCGUGGUUCAUCGUAGGAAUCCGAUCGACGACGCAUCGAUGUGCCGUGGGCCCAAACAAACCCUUUUCUGAUUUACUUUCCAGAGGGAACAGAAAGGGCGUGCCGUCUUUUUUGCUGGCCUCCAAAACGUGUGUAUCUGUGUGUCUGAGUAGUUUCCGUAGGUUACAGAACACUUUGUCCAAAACUAGCCCCCUCUUUUGUCGUGUUGCUAAUAUAGGAUGGACGCAUGGCGUGGUUUUAGGGUGGG